UUUGUUGUGAGCGCAGCGCCGCACUGCACGAAACGGCAGAAGGUGAAGAGUAGGUUAUUUCCACUCAGCCUGAUCCUGCAGGAUUCAUUCAUGCUUUGCAGAAUGUGGACAGGAAAAUAGUUGGAAGCGCAUCCGAACAGCAGGAGACGGUAGUUUAACGCACUGAUCGGGCUUUUGUUCGCCGCAUUUUCGCUGCAGCGAGGACACAGACACCGGUCCAGGACGGUACGAAGAUCCAUGAGACACGCUUUGAGCUGGAUACCGCUUCAGUAUCACGUGCUGCAUCUGACGUCCCGCUGCUAACAUCUGCUCAGGUUGCGUGAAGGUUGAGCCAUGGACGCCGGGACGCUGGAGCAGCAGGUGGCCAGCGUUGACAGGGGGAUCUGCUUCCUGAAGCAGGAACACCUGGCCAUGCUGACUGGCCUGCAGCUGGAGAUCACACACCUGAAGAGGCGCUGUCACGAGCUAAGCUGUGAGCUGGACUCCAAGUUUCCCAACAGAAACACGGCAGAGGAGGAAGCAGAGCUGGCGGCGCGUUGCGAGGCCGCAGAGCGCCUCCUGGAGCGGCAGCAGUGCAUGAUGGUCACGGUGCGCGGGGAGCUGCGGGCCGGCCGGGCCCGAGCUGUGGCGCUUGGGAGGAGCCUGCGGGAGGAGGAGCGGCGCUUCCUGGAGGAGCUGAAGCGCCGCAGCCACAAGAUCACAUUGUUGAAUCGAGAACUUCAGCGGCAAAACGUCAUGACGACGACGCUGCACCACGAGCUGCACGGCGCACGGUUGAAACUUUUCCAGCAGCGGCAGAGGGGAAAAAGCGAGCAGGGGGAAGAAGCGGAGGAGGAGGGGGGGGAGGAGGAAGAGGAAGAAGGAGGGUCAGACUGGCCUCUGUCUCCUCAUCCCGGUGCCUCCUCCGUCCAGCCGCAGGGGAGACACAGGAAGAACAUCAGUGUGAGGGAGGAGAGGGUGAGAGCCUGCAUCCCACAGGAGAGAGUCACGUCACCACAGAGUCCACACCCGAUGCCUGACCCCGCCCUCUUCCUGGUGCCGCUCAGGUACCGCCUCCUCCGCUGGAGUCAGCCAAUGAGGCUGCAGGACGGAGAGGAGGGGGAGGACGAGUGGGAGGACAUAGAGGACAGCAGGGUGCCCAGGAGGGUGGACAUGGGCGCAGGCGAGGGAGAGACGGCUCUGUGACGGUUAACUCUGAGCAGGAGGACUCUGUAGAAACCUGGAAAAUUAAGUUUUAUAAUUUAGCAUCACAGGAAAUGGUUAAUCUAAACUAGACUUAGAUGUAUUUAUAGAUUUACCCAAUUAAGGGUGUGAAAUGUCCUCAAAAGGUUAAGAGUUUUCCACAGCUGAUCGUGUUUGCCUAUAAUCUAAACAGCAGCAUUGCCUCUGGUUUCAGCGAACGGUUCACCAGCUGGAGCAGCUGGGGGUGCGCCGAAAACCUGACCUGCCCUUUCUGAAUUUGGCCAAUACCAGUUUGUUUUUGUCUGAAAUGUUGCUAAAUAUAGCAAGAAAGUCACUGAGUUGGUAACAAUUAUGGGGUGACUAUUGUUAACUUAAAAUGAGCCGGUCAAGCCUCUCUUAAGUGAGAGCCGAAGAGGACAGUGGCUGGUUUUUAGGUAUUUGCUGAGGUGGAUAGGAUCAGCUUCACAUGUAAGUAUCGACCGAUCACCAAUCUCCCAAAAUUAAGGAAAUCUGUGCCGGUAAAUCAACUGGCCGUAAAUCAGUGCAGCCCUAGCUUUAUGCUUAGGAUGGUCACUUGGAAAGGAAAUUUUGUAUUACCUGCACUUUAUUAAAUUCAUACAAUUUACCUUGAUAUGGCAAACCAUAACUCAUGUUGUCGUCUCUGUUUUCACUGGAAGAAAAACUUUUCUUAGAACA